UCCACUUCUGCGUAUCACCUUACUUCCGGCCUAAUCCCCGCCCACUAUAACAACAUCCGCGUCUCUUGGUGGGAAGGAGCAGAGAGGAGACAUCGGGCACUCCACCUGUACCAGAGUUUUUAUUGCAAGUCACACAUUCUAUAUUAUCACUGAUCACUGAGGAUGGACACGGACAGGAGUGAGAAGAUGGAAAAGAUAUUCAAUAUCUCCUUUGAGAUUAUAUACCUGCUGACUGGGGAGGACUACACAAUUGUGAGGAAGACAUCCAUUGAGUGUGAGACACCCAGUAGCCACCCCUGUGUUUCAGGAGGACUGAGCAGGACCCAGAGCCCCAUCACUGUGCCUCCACCUCACUCACUGAUACAUGAGAGACACAAUGACCAGAAGAUCCUGGAACUCGCCAACAAGAUCAUUCAGCUGCUUUCUGGAGAGGAGGUGGAGUAUAUAGAGGAACAUAGGGGUCUGUACAAGGACGUGAUGAUGGAGAAUCACCGGCCCCUCAUAUCACUGGAUGGGCCCAGCAACAGAGAUACCCCAGAGAGAUGUCCCCGUCCUCUGUAUUUCCAGGAUUGUACAGAGGAGAAUCAGAGAACCCCACAGGAGGAUCAGAGUGACAGUCUGGUGCAUAUCAAAGUAGAAGAUACAGAGGGAGAAGAAGAGACAUGUGUGAGAGGUGAUCAGCAGUGUAAGGAGGUGAAUGUCCCUACAGAUUUCAGCACAGCAGAUGGAUGUAGCAGCCGGAAUGUCUCAGAGGAUCAUCUUGUUUUAUCUCCAGAUGGUGAAAUAGAAAAAGAUAAAAACACCACCCAAGAAUCUCAAGAAGAAAUCCCUCUUGCCCCAGUUAUACAUCUGGCACAUCACCGUACAGAUAUAUCAUCUGGUUCCUCUCGUCCUGGGGAAUGUUCCCCUGAAAACUCUGAUAAUGGUGCAUCUGUUACAGCUCUGAAAGCAGAUACAGUGUUACCCUCUAAUAUGGAUGCUAAAUGUAUUACACAUAACACAGAGCCUGUUACCCUUAAGCCAGGAGAGAGACCAUUUCUAUGUUCUGAAUGUGGGAAAUGUUAUAGACUGAAAUCACAUCUUGUUUCACAUCAGAGAAGUCACACAGGUGAGAGGCCACCUCAAUGUUCUGUGUGUGGGAAAUGUUUUAAAUAUAAAUCACUUUUAUGUAUACAUGAGAGUAUUCACACGGGUGAGAGGCUGUUUCCAUGUUCUGAGUGUGGGAAAAGUUUUACAGGGAAAUCACGUCUUGUUAGACAUCAGAGAAGUCACACAGGUGAGAAGCCAUUUCUUUGUUCUGAAUGUGGGAAAUGUUUUACAGAGAACUCAUCUCUUCUUAGACACCAGAGCAGUCACACAGGUGAGAAACCAUUUUCAUGUCCUGAGUGUGGGAAAUGUUUUUCACAAAAAUCACAUCUUUUAGAACAUCAGAGAACUCACACAAGUGAGAGGCCAUUUCUUUGUACUGAUUGUGGGAAAUGUUUUUCACAUAAAAAAUCUCUUGUUUUACAUCAGAGAGGUCACACAGGGGAGAAACCAUUUCCGUGUUCUGAGUGUGGGAAAUGUUUCAUAAAGAAAUCACUUCUUAUAAAACACCAGAAAAGUCACACACGUGAGGGGCAAUUUCCAUGUUCUGAGUGUGAGAAAUUUUUUCCAGAGAAAUCAGAUCUUACUAAACAUCAGAAAAGUCACACAGUUAAGAAGCCAUAUCCAUGCUCUGAGUGUGGGAAAUGUUUUGCAAAGAAAUUAUAUCUUGUUUCACAUCAGAGAGUUCACACAGGUGAGAGGCCAUUCCCAUGUUCUAAGUGUGGGAAAUGUUAUAAAGAAAAAUCAUCUCUUGUUAAACAUCAGAGAAUUCACACAGGUGAGAGGCCAUUUCCAUGCUCUGAGUGUGGGAAAUGUUUUACAAGUAAAUCACAACUUGUUACACAUCAGAGAAGUCACACAGGUGAGAAGUCAUUCCCAUGACCUGAGUAAGUGGAGUUACUCAGGUGGUACUUUGUGUGUUUGCAAGUGAGAAUAUUUUCUUAAAAAAAUAAGCAUCAGUCAGCAUAGUGAGGCUCAUUCAGGUGCGGUUCUUGCUGCUGCUAUUGCAAUCUUUUGCCAUAUGCAAUUGCGAUUUAUAAGCUAAUCUCGGCAGAAUCUAAGCAUAGGGGUGUACACUGCUGUUGCAUAAUUUCCGUCCAGCAGCGUAUAAUUGCUGAUACAUCGGUACCAUCAUCGAAAAUCAGGCCAUGUUGGAGAGUCUUGAGUGCCUCUGAAGAUGCACAGGCUGAGCUGCUCUCCCAGUACGCUGAGAGCUCUCCAGUAGAAAAUCAAAACAGGGUACCGUCCGUAGAAGAGGUUUGGGGCACACUUUAUACAAUAUGUAUAGAAAAUGUUAAAAUAUUACUUAUUCAAACCUGGGUAAAAUAUAUAAAACUCACAAUGCAACAACAAAAAUAAAUAUUUUUAGGAAAAUAUUUUUUGCUUAGGAGUACGUCACUGGUGAGAAAGCAAAUGUGAAACGUACGUUUUAGGAAAAAUAUUUUUUGCGGAGGGGUACGUCACUGGUGAGAAAGCGAAUGUGAAACGUACGUUAAGUUCUAAGAGUCCUGUUUCAUUCCCGGAGACACACGAGCAAGUCUGCACUGUACACCUGCCCGCAAAGGUAGCUUCUUGUCUACCAUUCCCUUUUAUUUCUUCCUAAAAACUCUUUCACAUUGACUUCUAACCCAAGUCACCGCAACGUUAUAUUACAACACCAGUGCGGGGAGAUUGAGUGUGGAAAGGUGCGUUAUGCAGUUUCUUCUACAGCAGUAAGUCCACUGACCUCACCAUGGGUUGGGAACGCGUUUACAAAAUUGCCCCCAAAAAUUAGUAUUUUCUUCUAGUAUCUCUCCCAACCUAUUCUAGGGACGGUACCCUGUUUUGAUUGAGCUAGGAUUACCCAAAAUUCCUGGGGAGCACUGCCAAACUCGAAUUACAUAUAUGGGACUCUUCCCUGACGCAGUCUAUCUGUCACUGACAUUGCGACUAAUUCCGUGUUGUGACCGCCAUCGCAGUUAGCUUAUGAUACGCGUACAGUAGCCAAUUUGCGCCCGCGCCUGAAUGCGCCUUAGUGUGUCUCCUGUCACUGGCUCUCUGUUGAGGUCAUUUUAAUAUAAUAAAAUAUCACAAUGAAUUCAUAACAACUAUAAAAUAAACAUGGUGGAUUA